AUGUCUAGCGUCUUCUUUUACGAACCAUUCUACGACUUCGACCGCCUCUUUGACGAGGCUUUCGCUCGUCAAGGCGUGCCCAAAAAUCAAGUCCAGCAACGAAACGGAGCUGGCGAUGGCGCAGUGAGGUCUUUCAGACCAAGGAUGGACCUCCACGAAGACUCUGAGAAGAACCUUGUCACGGCCACAUUUGAACUUCCUGGACUUGUCAAGGACAAUGUGAACAUUGAUGUUCACAACAAUCGCCUGACUGUCUCUGCUGAAUCUAAGCAAGACAAGGAGUUCCAGGAGAACGGAUAUGCCGUGCGCGAGAGACAGUUUGGCAAGUUCUCUCGUACUCUCCAGCUCCCCGCUGGUGUCAAGAGUGAGGAGAUUAAAGCCAACAUGGAGAACGGUAUUCUCACCGUGACAUUCCCGAAAUCCACACCGGAGCUUGCACCAAAGAAAAUCACCAUUGCCUAA